AUGCGGGCGCUCGGAUGUCAAGUCAAUUCGUCAGAAGCUAACGCCCAAACGUUCGUCACGCUACCGAUUGAAGCUUUGACAGCGCAGUGCGAUAUCACGGCGGCACUCGAAUCAUCGACGGGUAAAAUACUUUUUAACGAUGAUAACACGGGCAAGUUUGUUAAAGCGUGUGUGUGUGCAGAACUAGGCGAAACUUUGACGUAUGAAGAAAUGCAUGAUAAAAUUGAUGAAGCAGAUCGCGAUGAAGACGUACUGAUUUACGAAGAGGAGUUCUGUCGCGUAAUGAAAAAGCGUAGUGGAAUCCACUGA